UAUUUAAUUAAUUUAAACAUUGUAGUGUUUCAUUACCAUUAGAAGAUUAUUGCUGAUUUGUUUGUAUUCCGAUGAGGGAUUGUUGUGUUUGAAAUCUUCAAAACUUUUUGAUUUCUCAUCUGGUUUUCAUCAAAAUUUCACUGAAAUGAUUCCAAGUUUUUUUUUCUACUUCUUAUAGACAUUUUUUUCAUCAGACACAUACUCCUUUAAAGGCAACUACCAGUCUCACUUUUCUGCCCCCACCCCUUCCCGAUGGCACACUUUGAAAAAUGAUGUUUAAUUAUCAUAGUUAAUUGUUUUAAUCAUCUAUUUCCACAUUAGCAAUCCUAACAUUCAUCAAAUGCUUUGAUUUCAAUGUGCCUUUCCCUAGUGAAGAUGACUACUUGUUUUGUCGUCUGUGUAAUUGUUUAAGGCAUCUAUUUCCACAUUAGCAAUCCUAAAAUUCACAAGGAACGGAUAUAGUUAGCAUUAAAUGCAUUGAAUUCAAUGUGUUAUCCCCUUGUAAAGAUAACUGCAUGUUUUUGUCAUCUGUGUUAAUUGUUUAAGGCAUUUAUUUCCAAAUUAGCAAUCCUUGAAGUCAUGAAGAGUAGCGUAGUUGGCAUUAUAAGUAUUGAUUUCAAUAUUCCGUUCCCAAGUGACAAGAAUUAGGACUUCCUGUUUAGCCAUCUUGCUUCCCUUAGUGAUCCCCAAACCCUAAAUAGAAAUAUUGUCAAGUUCAUAGGAAGGUUGCUCAAGAUACAUUUCUAAUUAUAUUGUGUUUUUUUAUUUCUCACCUCUCAAUUAUCUGUUUAUCCGUACCUUUCCCCGUCAUGCCCCCCUCUUAAUCCUAAUGCCCCCCAUGUUAUCCACCCCUUCCUUCGCGUCUCUUGUGUCUGUCUGAGUCUAAUCACGUGUCUCUUUCAUGAUUCUACCUUUGUCCUUAUCUCUCUCGCUUUCUUUUUCACCCUUUGUCUGCCUUCAUCAUUUCCCCACUCCCAUUCUCUACCCCCCAUUCACCUCUCUUUAAAAAAAAUAUAUUUUCUUUGUCCUGAUAUAUUUUCAAUUGUUCUUUGUUUCCUCUUGGUUUUUUCUUUUAUUUGUUUUUCUUUUUGUGUUCUAUUUGCGUUGUUUGUUUAUUCUUUUGUUCCUGUUUGAUUUUGUUUUUUCAUUUUUUGCUUUCCAUAUGGAUCAUUACACACUUUCUAUCUCUUUCUCUUUCCCUCCCUCUCUCUCUAUCUUUCCCCCAUUUUCUCCCCCUCCCCCUCUCCAUCUCACCCCCUCCUCUCUCUCUCUCCUUUCCCCUCUCUCUACAGUCUAUUGGGACGUUUGAGGACAUGACAGAAGAGGAGAAAGAUGAAUGGGAGGACCAAGAGCUAAGGGAUGAACUAGACUUCAAAGAUUGUCAGAUCGACCCUGCUCCGUUCCACCUGGUAGAGAGGACGUCACUUCAUAAGGUACACUCACUGUUCUCCCUACUUGGUUUGAACCACGCCUAUGUCACCACCCUCGGUAGACUGAUGGGUGUCGUUGCCCUCAAAGAGAUCCGACGUGCAAUUGAAGAUAAUCAGUACAGACAGCAUGAAGAUAUUCCAAUCCAAAGAAACAACUCGCCCGCAGACAGCGUCCAGACUACCGUCACUUCAGCACUCUCCAUACAGUAAAACAGUACUGCCAUGGGCUUAUUAUAAUAAUGAAAAUCGUCAUAAUAUUAGGUAUUUAUAUAGCAUAGUUAGCUGUAUAAUCUAUUCUGAUAUGCACUGUUAACCCGUUCACCACAAAAUUAAAAAAUCACCAUAGACUUCGUACAGGACCCACCCUGUUCCCGUAGGCAACGGGUUAAUACCUCUGUUGCAUGAUAAGGGCAGAACCAGAUGAUUAUUUCUAAAGGAGGUGGGGGGGGGGGAGUUGGGGGAUUUGGCUGCACUAAUCACUGAUAUUUGUUGUCGAAGGGAGGUGGAUUCUGAAUGCAUACCGCUACAUACCUGCCAACCAGUACGUUUUAGCCGUAUUUAGUACGUUUUUGCAACCAAAAUAUGGCAGUACGUUUUUUCUUUAAAAAAUACGUUUUUUACAAAAUCGUAAUUUAUUGAGAAAAAUCAUCUCUAUAUGUCUCUAUUUGAUAAAACGUACACAAAUACGGUUAUUAGAUCAAUGUAAUUUCAGGUAAUUUGUUUUUUUAAAAUCAUUUUGUAAAAACCAGGGUGAGAUAUACACAAGUUUCAAUGGGUUUUUUUUUCAUCUGCAAGAGCAGUGCGCAUUUUAGCUUGCAUGCAGCUUGAGCACCGUGAUGGGCGAGUGCGCCAAGCAUAUAUUAUGAAAUACACUUUUUUGGGGAAAAAUACAAAAUAUUUAUCUCACACGGUAAAAAUACUGAUUUUUUUGUCAAAAUACUGAUUUUGGGGGAUAAGAAUACUGAAAAUGCAAAAUACAACUUGGCAGCUCUGCCGCUACUCAGUUGAGAAUGUCCAGAAUAGCAUCACCACUGCUUCAUCUCUUCAGUGAGUAAAUAUUCUACUGCAGUCUCAUUGUAAAAAAAAUAAUAAAUGGAAAGAGGGGUAAGAUAGAUUCCAAAAGUAUUAAUUUUGAUCAGGAUUGAAGGAUCUUUUCUGUGCAUAUUUCUAUUCCAUUCCAGUCUCAGUUUAUUCAUGGACUUUUCCUUUCAUGUCUUGACUACAGUAUUGGUAAAUCCAUGAAUGGAUAUUGUAUCGAGUGGCAAUAAAUCAAGAAAGCCGAAGACAAAAUAAAAUCAAGCUGAAAAGCAG